AUUAUUCUAAAAAUAGCUUAAGUAUGCAUCACCUAUCUUUACAAUGUCUCGUGAGACUGCAUCACUUAUUUUUCUUUGUAAAUGGUGACUAAUGAAUGAUUAAUUAUUAAACAGAUGUGUCAUCCAAUCAAAUUCCUAUUUUAUGUCGACACCCAUUACUUUGACCUUGUCUGGAUUAUUAAUAUAUAGCUGAUUGGUUCCACUGGUAGCUAAAUGAAGUCUACCAAUCAGAGAAAGAGUAAAUUUUCAAUCUGGUGCGUAGGUGUUUUGCUGGAAAUCAAGUUUAGGUCACUCAUAUGUUUUCUGAUCGGUAGACUUUAGUAUGUUGACAUCAUUGUCAGUCAGCUAACUAUAGCUCUUAUCUGCUGUCUGGUUUUGAAGACACCGAAAAUUAAUGUAGUUAUAAUAUCUACUUUCAAUCAGCCCAUGAAUUCUAACUUUCACCGAUACGUGAUUUUAGCACGACCAUCAACCAUUGUCAUCGGUGGGAAAUCCAUCCUCACUGUCGACUGGAUGAACCUUACUGGUCACAACUUCUCACUAAAAGUCCAAGCAGCUUCCUCCUGUAGCCAGCGAGUAUCAGAUUAAUUCUGAAGAGUUAGUUUGUAAGAAUUCUAUUUGUUUUCGGGAAGUACACCUUCGUAUAUCUCAUAAUCAUUCAUUAUCCAAUUGUAGAUGAUUCAUAGCUAUUUCUCUUUUUUUAAACAACAAACCCAUUUUUCUUCCGUACUUAAACAGGCUUCAAAUGAAAAUAAAUUAGAUGUACUCUUAAUUCAAAAUAGUACACCUUUACUGAUACGUUCAUCACCUGAAAGUAUCGGUUGGGAUAUUAUUCUACGACGUAAUUUUCUACAGUUGAAUAGUAAUAAUAAUACUGAUGAAGGCAGUCUAAUUCGUGGUUCAUUAGCAGCACGUGAUUUCCUUGUGGCUUGUGUUUAUCGUGGUGCUGAAGUUGGUGGUCUACGGGAUUUAUAUCAUUGGGCUGGAUUGGGAACAAGUGCUGGUGGACAUUUUUAUUCAUUUCCAGAUAGUUUAUGGCCUGAUACGUUAGCUGGUCAACAAUCUGCUCAAAUGGUGACUGAAGAGAAAUUGACUCAUUUUAAUCGUCUUCCGAGUAAUAUACGCCCUGAUUACACAAAAUUGGGUAUAUCUCAUCCAUUCACCUAUCCUUGGUCUGAACUGAUUGUGCAGUAUGCCUCAGGAAUAGUAAAACCUACAGAUACGACUGCUACUACUACUACGAUGACGCCGACUUCUAGUUUUCCUACGAAUGAGCUGACAUCAACAACAACAAGUACUGAUAACACUGAUGUAGCUGGUAAAAUUACCAUUGAUGAAAAUAACUGGUUUGUUCUACGUGAACCAGCUUUAUUACGUUUAGUUGUGCACAGAAUGAUAACUGGUGACAAUCGGGCUAAAUUAUCUAUACAACAGUCGUACAAUUAUAAUCCAUCACUUUUAAACGCACUAAUUCUAGUUUAUUUGAAAUCUGAACAACGUGGUGUUCCACAGUCCUAUGCACGUAUUUAUGCAUUUUAUGAUAAUUCAAGAAAGACAAGCAUUCAUCAUCAGAUCCAAUCAAAUCGUAGUGAUGAUGAUGAUGAUAAGAAAUCGAAUCAGCAACAAAUGCCUCCUCCUCGUUAUCUCCUUGGUUAUGUACAAGAUGGUGGAUACGGUCAAUCGAUUGGUCGUGGAAUUGGUCUAGGCUUUAUCAGUUUAAGUGCUUUAUCGAAUGCAUUAACUCAAACUGACAAUAAUAAUAAGAUAAUAAAAUAUUGUAUUCAAAAUUCGACAUCAAUGCAAUAUUAUAAUGUUAAACUGUCAGUAGUUAUUUGAUGAACAGAACACGGAACAAAGGAGAAAGAUUGAGGAAUAUGUACACUUCAAAACAGUUAUGUCAAUGUCUGUACAUACUGUAUUAUAUAGAGGAAAAAAAUAUAUAUUACAUACUAUAAUUUUAUAUGGAAGAUGCAAAUUUUGCUUGUUCUUUUGAAGUGCGUGUGUGUAUAAAACUCACACUAUCAGUCGUGUCGAUUUUUUUAUUUAUGUCAAGUAAAAGGGAACCAUUAGAAAACCAAUAGCAAGGGAGGGACUACUGGACAUCUGUUUCGUGGGCCUAGUUUGGGACAAGUUAGCCUGUAGACCAUUCAUCCAAGUCACUGGGAUCCGACUUAAUGGCCAGCUCAUCAAUUCUAACUUCUACACAUUUUAGUACGACCACCGUCCGAUGGCAUCACCAGCGAGUAUUUGUUCUUACUGCCGUCCUAGUCACGACUUCUCUUUGGAAUCACGAAAUCACAUUGGUUAAGACUGAUGAGGUGGUCAUGGAAUCGGCUUCCAGUGGCUGAAUUGAAUGGUCUACGAGCUAGCUUGACUUGUAAUCGGAAGUUCUCCCGACCUGUGUUGGGUGAAUACUCCUGGCACAAGGCUGUUGUAGGUCGUUGAUUAUCCCGAUAUACAAGAAGGGAGACAAAUCUUUCUGUGAUAGUCACACGGGAAUUAGCUUCACUAAUAUGGUAACUGAGUGUUUCGGCGGUAUAGCGGUUAGGACGCUCGCCGACCAUGCAUAUGGCCCGGGGUUCGAUCCCCGGUCGACGCACUCCUUUUAUCUCGCUGAGCCAGAAAUAAUACUGGUAGGGAGGAAAGGUUGGGCAAGGGGCUAGUCACCCCACUAGCUUGAAGCCCUAUGUUCCACUGGGGAACGAGAAGGAAAACAAUAUGGUAUCUAAAGUUCUAGACUCAAUAAUAUUGCGUAGACUAAGCGGUGCUCAGGAGGAACAAACACGAGAGAACCAGGUAGGCUUCAGACCAGGAAGGAAGAGGGUGUAUUGCUCAUAUCUUCACCCUUCGAUAGAUUCUGGAACAUAG